AUUUUUUAAAAUAUAUUUUUAUGUUAUUGUAUUUUAAAAAAUAUAAAUAUAUAUAUAUAUAUGUACAGUAUAUAUAUGAUUAUAUGUAUUAUUUAGUUUUAUAUUUUGUAUAUGUAUUAUUACAAAUACAUACAUGUACAUAAACAUAACAAUAUUUUAAUAAAACAUUCAGCUAAACAGCAAAAUUAUAAACAUGUAAUUAAAAAGACAAAAACAACAAUAUUUAAAUAUAUAUAUAUUUUAAAAAUUAUAUAUAUCAUUUAUAUAACAUUAAAAUAUUUAAAAAAUUAAAUUAUAGAAUUGUUGGUAAAUAUGAUUUGAAAAAUAAGAUAUGAAAAAAAUAACAUUUUUUUAAAUAUUAAAGGAAAAAAAGCAUAAUUUUCCAAAAUACUAAUAUUCCCACCAAAUAUAAAAUAUAUAAAUAUAUAAGCAAUAGCUUCCAAAAAUAUGAACUAGGUAAAUAAAAUAAUUAGAAAUGUUCUAAUUGCCAUAUUGACCCUUUUCUUCUUCUCUCCUUUUUUAAUAGUGUGUUGCAACCACCCACAUUUGCAACGUCCCAGAAUAUAUCUUUUUCUCGCCCCGACUUCUCCAGUGUGGAAUAAGUUCAAAUGAAUGUAUUCUGCUCUCUAACGCUGGGUGUCGGAGCUGCAGCCCACCCCGGGAAUACAAGAAGUCCGCAGACGGCAGUCGGCACCCUAAGGUGACUUUUGAUUCUUGGGGUUUUUUUACCGGACCAGAGGUGCCCUCCUGCUCCCCGGGGCUUCCUGAUGCUCCGCCUCGGCCGCCUGCGGACGCUCGCCAGGCGUCCUCGCGCAUCUUUGACGCUCCUCGGCCGCCAUGUCCACGUCCGGACCGCAGACCGACACCUGGGCCUCUUUAAGACCCGAGGCGGCGCUCAGGUGGGUGUCCUUCUCGUCUCCUUCUCUGGACGCUCCUCUGCAGGCCCGCCGGGCCUCCUCCUGCUGGCCCGCGCUCGCUUCUGUCAUCACCGCAGGGCGACUGACCCCCGCCGCCGUCUACGCUCUUUCACCUGCUCUGGGGGCGGGGCCUCCUGACAGUCACAGCCAAUCGCACGGCGCCAGGAUGUGUGUUUCCAGAGUGAUGGCAGACGCUGGAGAGGAGGUCACCCGAGCCACCUAUUGUCCCGUGUGUGUGUGUGUGUGUGUGUGUGUGUGUUCGUGUGUGUAACGUGAGCAGGUGACGUCACAAAGUCGCGGUGGUGACUGAUUGUGUUUCGUCAACGUUUUCAAGAUGAGAAGCAAACAUUAAUGUGACCUGAACCACCCCCCCCCUCCACCUCCACACAGUGUUUGUGUCCAAAGUCCAAAAGUGUUUGUUAUGGUGAAAAACCAGACCAAAAAGGGGGCCAAGGCCGUCCACACAGUAUCAAUAAUGUCAAAUAGGAUUAGAAAUAAGUCAAUCAUUCAUUGUACACGCGUACACUGACUCUAUUUUAUUCUAUAUUAUAUGAAAGAAUAUAUAGUAAAUGAAAUAACAUGUAUAUAUACAGUACUAUGUAUAGUGUCGUAGAAUAUAAAAUAACACUAUCUAAUAAUAAAAGCCAAAUAAACCGCCCGGCGCCCCCCAGCGGCCACCGACAGUAAAGCAAUGAUCAGUAGUUGGCACUACAGCGCCCCCGCGUGGCCGGCCAGCCUGUCACGUGAUGCAUCUCUUUCAUAGAAAGCAUCCAAAUGGGAAUGUAGAGUUGAUCGUUUGAAGACGAAUAUGAAUAGCAACCAACACCAGGUUGAUUGAUUGAUUGACUGACUGACUGACUGAUUAAUUCCCAGGGAGCCCCCUCCACCUCCUACUCCCCCCCCCCCCCUCAUCCCGCCAUCACUGCUGUGACCCAGGAAGCUGGCGGCGGGGGGGCGGCGGCGAGUCUGAGAUGAUUUCAGCCUCCAACAUCAUCAUCAUCAGCAGCAGCAGCAUCGAGGAGGACCGGAAGGAGAAACAUGUCCUCCGCGGCUGGAGGAGGAAGGAGAAGCCCGGUGACAGCUCUCCUCCUCUUCCUCCUCCCUCCUCCUCCUCCUCUUCCUCCUCCUCCGUCUCCCUCGCUUCUUCCACCCUGGCCGAGCAUCCUCCCGCCAAGGAGGCCCGCCGUGACAAGCCUUGCGGGAAAAGCGCGCUGGAUUGCGGCGUGAGGAGCGGAGGAGGAGGAGCAGGAGGAGGAGGUGGAGGGGGCGCCGUGGUGCUGAGGAGGCCGCAUGACGACUCCUCCGAGAAGGUGAGCAUCUCCUUGUUGUCCUUAUUGUCUCCGCAGCCGCCAUCACUGCAGGCCGUCAUCAUCAUCACCAUCAUCAUCAUCAUCGCUUCUAUUCAGGUGGAGCCCAUGUUUACUCCACCAGCCGCCCCUGCUCUGGGCCCGGCGGGGGCCACCACCGGACCCUUGCCGCCCUCUGCCGACUCCUUUUCCCCACCCCCUCCGCCCUCCUGUCACCAAGCCAAGCAGCUGGUGGUGAGGACCAGGUCCGUGGGCACCAACACGCAGGACUCCAGCGGCACUCCGGGGCCGGAAGGGGACUCGGACCUCACGGGGCCCUGCCAGCCCGGGACGAGCGUCAACCUGGAGGGCAUCGUAUGGCACGAGACGGAGGAAGGUGUGCUGGUGGUCAACGUGACUUGGAGGAAGAGGACGUACGUGGGGACGCUGCUGGACUGCACCAAACAUGACUGGGCCCCUCCCAGGUUCUGCGAGUCUCCAUCCAGCGAUCCAGAGAUGCCGGGUGGGCGCGGCCGCGGGAAAAGGAUGCGGCUAGCGACGGGGGAGCGGCCCUGCGUGGAGGCCGCCCCUGCGGUGAAAGUCCGUGGUCUUCCGCAGCACCGUAGCCGUGGCGGCGGCAUGGCGGCCUCGCCGGUCCACAGCAAGGGCCGCCGCGGCAGCUUGAAGCUCAUCGGCAACUGCAGGGCUUCCCCUUCGUUCUUCACCGUGGACGACGUCAAAGCGGCUAACGGCGCCGCCGUCCUCCCGUCCGGGAAGCGAAAGAACAAGCCGCCGGCCGACCUGGACCUCAGCCUGGUUUCCUCGGACGACGUCAAGAACGUGAACGGGAAAAGGAUAAGAGCCAAGUCCCGCAGCGCACCCUCCACGCCGCAAGGCAAGUCCGACCCCUCCUUCAUGGACCCCGGAGGAGGUCGCGCCUCCUCGCCGCCGGCCCCGCCCAUUCUCAUCGACUGCCCCCACCCCAACUGCACUAAACGCUACAAGCACAUCAACGGGCUGCGCUACCACCAGACGCACGCCCACCUGGAGGCGGAGGAGCAGAGGAAGCCGGACCUGGACCCCGCCAAGGACGGCGAGAGCGAGGAAAGACUGUCGGACUGCGAGGACCCUGUCGGUCACGUGACCUACGACCACUCGGAGGCAAGCAACAGCUCUGCUAAGAAAGCGGCGCCCCUAUAUAAGGUGACCACCGUGGGCUCCCCCAAGAACAGACGGCUGCUCCUCAGUACGGACCACAGUCCUCCUGCCAGCUCCAAAACCAGGAGGAGCUCCCUGCUGAAGGACGGCCUGAUGGACGACCUCAGCAACCUGCCCAUCAUCUCCAACAUGACGGUGGUCCUGGAGAACUGCAUGGUUCCCGACAGGAGCUCCGCGAUGGAGAUGCCCAAGCUGGAAGCUGAAGGUCUGCUCGACAAGAAGAUCCUUUGUGACAAGAGCAAAAAAGCCAACGGGAAGGUGGACAAGCUGUCCAAGUCCCGCCCCAACCGGCCAAUCGCCCCGGCCCCCGCCCCACCCAAGCUCAUCGCUAUCCCCAAUGCAGCGUACCCUGCGCUUCCGGCUGAUGCGGCCGCCCCCCAUCAGCCGGUCGGCCUGAGCAGUAAGAACCCGUCCUUGAAGGCCAUCAAACCGAAGCUCAGCAUGGUUGUGGAGCCCAGCCUGGUCAGCAAAGCCACGCUGCUGGGCUGCAAGGAAACCAGGAAGAAGGAGAAGAGACGACUGAAGGACAAACACAACAGGGACACGCCCACGAGGACGCCUAACGCCGAAGGCAGGGGGAUCAAAACGGAAGAUGGCGCUGCCAAAAUGGCCGCAAAGGAGAUCUGCGGAAGCCUCCUGAAGGAGCACCUGAGCAAGCAGGAAGUGAUGAACGGCUUCGGCGAGAGCCAAGAGAGCAGGAUGGCGAGCAUCCGUGCUGAGGCCGACAAGGUCUACACCUUUACGGACAACGCUCCCAGUCCAUCCAUCGGCAGUUCCUUGCGGCUGGACGCCGCCGGUUGUCCACCGACCGCCGACAGCGACACCAACAGCCCCGCCUACUCGGACAUCUCUGAUGCGGGGGAGGACGGCGCGUCCUCGGAAAGUCGCUCGGAGGCCCUCAGAUCCAAGUCUGCUUCUUCUGCUGAGCUGAACUCCGGCAGUAACCAUAGCAACGCCAGGAAGACACCCCCCGCAGGACCGGGCCCCUCAUCGAAGGAGCCUCAGUCGCCCUACUACCACAGCUUUGAGCCCUACUUCCUGCCCGGGUUCGUCCAGGCGGACAGGCAGGGCGGCGGCGGGGGCUUCCACAAGGGUUCCCCCCACCAUGCCAAAAGUAAAGAUGGAAAGGAUGACAUCAAGGACGAGGACAAAGGCCCCACCCAUGACUUUCCUGACGGUAAAAAGGGUGACGGGUCAACGCCGUCUCAGCUCCAGCUGGCAAUGAGCCAGACCCAGACCGCCCUGGCCCAGUCCCUGUACUACGGACAGUACUCAAGAGGACUCUACAUGGACCACAAACUCUUACUGGGCUCCAAGUGUUGUGACCAGAAGAGGGGUCAGGGGGCACGAGAGGGUGAGGACGUCAAAUAUGUGGGCGGGGCCCCGUCCAGUGGAGGCAAAGGUCCAGAAAACCCUAAAGGGUCCUGCCCCAAAGCUAUCCUGUCCUACUUGGAGGCCAAUGAGCGGGGAGAAAGGGGACCGGGGGCGAAGGGGGUCUCAACCAAAGACUGCGAUGACGUCAAGUCCGCGUCCUCCCUGUCCCACCUCAACCCCAACAGUCUCGCUGAGCCGGACUCAAACCUUUCCUACUCCAGUCCUCCAGACGGCCCCACCUGGGCUCAGCGCCUGGCUCACAGCAAAUACUCAGACCUGCAGAGUCCAGUUGGGGAUGCGGCCGACGAGGGGGAUGCAGACCGGUCCAAAGAAAGGGGGGCCGCCGUGGAACCCAAGCCGUCUUCAGCCGGAGGGGGCGGAGGCCACGACGCUAAAAAAAACAGAGUUCGAGUAUCGCACGAUCCGCCGCUCGUCGACCCCAACGACUCGGAUUGCCUGGACGGCCUGCAGGAGUCGACGGGGGGUCAGUCAGGGGAGUCCCAGAAUGCCCGGGUGGCGGUCUCUCCUCCCAUGACCCCCCAGCAGCCCUACGUGCAGUACCAGCACUCCUCGUACCCGCCCUACCUGGCCAUGUGCGAGGGCGGCGGGGGCUCCUACAGGGGGGCGUCCCCCACCCUGGUCCAAAAUUACACAGGCUUUCACUACCCUCUGUACGGGAAGACGGCGGGCAGGGAGGAGUCGGAGGUGACUCCGCCCAGCAGAGGAGGCGUGGUUAGCGGCAAGCCUGGCGGAGACUCGUCCUCAUCCUCCGCCAUGGAGCUGCUGAAGCAGUGCCAGCAGUUCCACGGGAAGUCCCCCGCCCCUGCUGAGAAAGGCUCCCCCGAGGUGGACCACGAGGUGGACCGUGACAGGGGCCACGUGUCCUUGGGUCGACACCUGCACACGCACCAUCACACGCACCUGGGCGUCACCUACAACCUGGUGUCGGGACAGUACGACAUCUACCCAGGUCUGAGCGCCAGGUCGCUGGUGUCCGGGCAGCAGGCGUCAGGACGCUCCUCUGCUGACAGAGACGUCAAGAAGUAGGACGCACGACGGGGCGGCGUCCCACACGAGCCAGACACGACCAAUCGGACUUCCACGGUGGUCAUCAAUCAAUCACGGCGACAGACAUUUCUUACGAGCGCCCCCAGCGAGGGACACACGGAGGACAGGAAGUGGAGCGUUUGCCGGGAGGAAUUGUACAAAGGAGACAUGCGGUGUUUCUGGAAGGCACGCGUUAUGACUGAAUGUAGUGAAGACCACGCCCCUAUUAGCCACACGCUGACCUUGUAAUGCUAACGUGCGUGUUGAUUGUAUCGUCUUGAUGUGAGCGUACGCCAUCAUCAUCAUUCCACCGCCACACGUCCACACGUCCACACGUCCACACGUCCACACGUCCCAAGUAGCGCUAGGAGGUCUUCUACCAUCACGUGUAACCUGCUCUCGCUUUUUAUACUGUAUAUGCCUUAAUUCAUAUGUUUGCCAAUCACAAUUAAA